UUAGUAUGGAAGUGUCUCGCCGUUGCUUGGCAACGCAAGUUCUGACAGUUGGCUCUUCCUGGGUAGCUAGCUAGCAGAGUUGUUGACUAGCGACGUUUAUUUUUAUUUGGCUAAAUUAGCCUAGCAUAGUUAUUCCAUUCCGUUAUCUAGGUUGCCCUACACGAGGUGUAGUCCAUGGGCAGCCUUGCCAGUGAGGUUUUGGAUGAGGCCCACUGUUUCUGGGCGACGUGCGCUCAUCCUUGCUGCUGGGAGUCGGAGCAGCGCAUUGCCAAAGGCGUCCCACACUACAUAAAGCAAAUAAUAUCAGAUGGGGGCAGAGCCCCUGUAGAUGUGGAAGAGUUUCCAACCCUUAGUGUGGUUAAUGUAUCGGAGUGGACUGAGGGCCAAAAGACCCCUAAAGGGAAGCUGCUUUACAAGACGCGUAGCAAGGAGAAUUUUGCCACAGAUGCCUCUCUAACUCUUCUCUCCAGCCAGUCACAAGUCCAGCAGCGGGAGCAUAACACAAGUGCAGACCUUCACGUUCCAGGGUUAAACUCUGUUGACCAGAUUCCUCGUAAUAAACAACACAAGGAAGUAAAGCUCAGCACAGCUCAGAUCAAUCAGUUGGCCAGCUGUUCCAGUGCAUCAUGGGGCUCUGGCUCCCUAGUGAUGUGGGUACCCAAUCCCCAUCACAUCCCGCAGUGCCAAGCCCGAAACAGGCCUAAAUCUCCCUAUGUACCUGUCAAGGAGCUCAUUUGCCUUCCGUCCUUAAAAACCUCAAAAAUUAACAGAAAUCCAAGAAUUCAAGUCCAAGAUUCCAAGAAUGUGCGGAAGAGGGUGCCGUUCCAGCUGACAACAUUGACGUCAAAGCCGAGAAGUGAGCAUGGGUUGAGCUCCCCAGUGGCACAGCAAACUGUCCACCCAACAGACCUUGCCCAGGCCAAGCCUGACACAGACACUGACCCCAAGAGGGAGGAGGAAGAGGCCCAGACCCAGGCUCAUACCAGCCCACACCCUCCCCCAGCACCCAGGAUCCCCAGUGCUUUCCUCCUCAGGAACAAACCUGUGGUGUUCCACAGUGUCAGGGAGAGGGUACUGAGAAGACACACCCAGCAGGACCUCUCAACAUACAAGUACAAACUGGACAGCAAGACUGGUGGGGGUGGCAUUGACUGGGAUAGUCUGAGAAGACAGACCUAUCUGUGGAGGAAGCACAACCUUCCACCCAACUGUGACAGAGAGAAGCCAUUUCCCCCAGAGGACAUGACUGUCAGCCAGAUAGUAGGCUUUGGUUUCUACCCCAUCCCAAAGGCCAUGCUCCAUCAUGACCCAAGGAGCCCACUGUCCAAAGGUCCAGCUGUGUGGCGCUGCCUGGAAUGUGUGGAUGGGAUGUGGUGUGGCCAUGGUGGUGGUCCACUGGCCUCCAUAUCCAAGUGCCUUAACUCAUUGGUGUCAAACAGUUCCUUCAAGUUCUGUAGCAGAUCCAACCUCAGCUGUCAAAACCCCUUGCACCAACUCCUAGAUGGAGAUUACCUAAGUGAUGUGGAUCCAGGCAACAAGGGCACCAUCGCUCCUCAGAACUCCAUGAUGUACCUUCAGGACACAACUUCAAACUACAGUGACUGUCAAGGAGAGGAUAAUGAAUUUGGCUUAUGUCCAGAGAGAGAUGCUGAAGGAGGUCUAGGAUCCCUAGAGAGGCCAGGUAGGAGCUCUUAGGACAAAGGGCACAGGUCUUCAGGGUCCCAGCCAUCCCCUCCACCCUCUAGCUUCAACUCCGAUACCUACGGAGAUGGUUAACCUUGAAUAUGAAGAGACGGACACUGAACGAUCCAGGACUAAGAUCCAGGAGUAAAUGUACUCAUCAUGCCUGUGAACAUUCAUAUAUUUAAUCCAGAGCUAUCCUUAUGCUUUAGAUAAAUACAUCUGGUGGCUUGCUUUUUUUUAAUGUCAAGUAUAGCCUAACAUGGUAACGUAACAAUAAACACUAAGUGUACAAAA